GCCCAUCGUUUUUUUUUAAUUGGUCCUAUUUAUCACUACUGAACAAAGGGAAGAGAACGGCAAAACGCAACUCCUGUUCGCGUCUUCGUCCGUCGUUUGUGUAAUUUUAGAUUUCCAGUGACGGCGAAAGGAGGCCGCUCUUGCCCCGCUUUCACUUCUUCCUCAGCUAUCUUGGCUGCAAUUUUUUCUCGGAUUCUGGAGAUGGGGUUCGCCGAGCUUCUGAAUUCGAUUGACUGGGAACAUGAAUCGUAUCCAGCUUACGAAGAUUAUAUUGUUCUUCCGCUUUUUGCUUUCUUCUUCCCCACUGUCCGGUUCUUCCUAGACAGAUUCGUAUUCGAGAAAGUGGGGAACAGAUUGAUAUUUGGAAAGGGAUAUCAGAUUGUGGAGGAUGAUUCAGCAGACAGAAAGAAGAAGAUAAGAAAAUUCAAAGAAUCAGCAUGGAAAUGCAUCUACUUCCUUUCAGCUGAGAUUUUAGCUUUAUCUGUCACUUAUAAUGAGCCUUGGUUUACAAACACAAAAAACUUUUGGGUGGGACCAGGAAAUCAAGUCUGGCCAGAUCAACAAAUGAAGUUAAAGUUGAAAGGAUUAUACAUGUACACUGCUGGAUUUUAUACAUACUCAAUAUUUGCUCUCAUAUUUUGGGAGACAAGGCGUUCUGACUUUGGGGUCUCCAUGAGCCAUCAUGUUGCUACCGUCAUUCUCAUUAUUCUAUCCUACAUAUUUAGAUUUGGUCGUGUGGGUUCAGUUGUCUUAGCUCUUCAUGACGCUAGUGAUGUAUUCCUGGAGGUAGGAAAAAUGUCCAAGUAUAGUGGUGCUGAAGGCAUAGCAAGCUUUGCAUUUAUUCUUUUCGUAUUAUCGUGGAUCUUGCUACGGCUCAUCUACUAUCCAUUUUGGGUCCUCUGGAGUACAAGCUAUGAAGUUGUCUUGACGUUGGACAAGAAGAGGCAUGACUGGGAGGGUCCGAUCUAUUAUUAUGUGUUUAAUUCUCUUCUAUACUGCUUGCUUGUGCUUCACAUAUAUUGGUGGGUCUUGAUCUACCGGAUGCUGGUCAGGCAAAUCCAAGCAAGGGGACAGCUUAGUGACGAUGUUCGGUCUGAUUCUGAAGGUGAAGGUGAACAUGAAGAUUGACUGAACUUAAAAUGCAGUACCCAGAACAGACAUGAAGGUGUUCGAUUUGGGGGGUUUCAUGUAAUGGAAUGUGAUUCAAGGAGAUUCCCCUUCGCAAUUAGAAGGGAUUGUAUAUGGGAGUUGACGCAGAUUGCUGAAGGAGAUGAAUACUAGCAAUAGAAGAGUAGUGGGGAAUCCAUUCUCCAGUAGCUCUGACGGUCAAUGAUUUGUUGUAUGAAAGGUUUUUUUGUUUUCCCUUUAGUUUGUCCCUGUGUAGUAGGACUGACACUGAGAUACUACAUUUGUAAGAUAUGAUCCCAGCGGCCAAUUUGUGGAGCUUAUUCUUUCGAAUUAUCUUCCUUUCCUUUUUUUUUGUCCCCAUUUUUCUGUCCUCUUUAUCAUCAUAAGUACGGAAACCAGAGCAUUCCGUUUCUCGGAUCUCACAUGUUGUGUCAUAUUCGAGAGUUUUGGUUAUGAACUGAUGAUGAUGGUGUUGAUGAGUCAGUUUUAUCAUACAUUGGCGACAUUUGGGCA